GUAGUGCCUCUCUAGCCGUCUUGGAGGAGAGGUGCGUGGCAUCUUACUCCAAAAGAACUCUCAAAUACUCAUAUCGUGUCCCAAGUGCUCAUGAUUCAAGACUAAAGCAAGAGUAGGUAUGGAGCUACCUUGACUCUAGAAACCGAAGCAAACCAGCAGCAGUGUCCCUGGAUUUACGUGACUGUUUUAGUGUUAAUAUUACCAUGGUGUCUUGAGGCCAAUUCUUUUUUUUUUUUCUUCGGAAUGUUUGUAAGAAUGACCGUUGAAUAUGUGUUAGUACGAGGAAAUGUACUUACGUGGCUGUUCUGACCUUUAACCCACACUAAGAGAUAACCAAACUUUAACUUGCAGGAGUAAUAAGAAGGGGGAAAAAAAAAGAAAAAGAUAAGAAAAAGGUCAAGAAAGACACGUUUAUUUCCUGAGUGAACUGCAAAGGAAAAAGAAAAGAAAAAAAAAAAUAAAAACCCAGAAACGUGUGUCAGUGUGUCGGUAGAAACAAUGUUUUUUUGGUGACCAUGAACGUGUAAGGAACCUGUGUGUGCGUGUGUGCGUGCGACCCCUGUGUGUUCUUGGGGGUGUUUUUGUUUUCAUGCGGCUCAGGAAGGAAGAAGGAUUGGAGUGUGUGGUGUGUGUUGUGUGUGGGAGACCCGUUAUCUCCACCUCCUCGCCAUCGUGUUAUCUCACCCCCUGAUAACAGUUCGAAGAUUGGACGUGGCUGCAGAACAAGUAAAGAUGUCUCAGAGUGAUUGGUAAUAAGGGAAAGGUGUACCAGGUUGGUACCAUUCGUCAGCCCACCUCUCCCUCUCUCCCUCCCAGCAUAAGGUACACGCUUCUCGGUGCAUCUAUGAGAUCACUACCGGGUACCGCAUUGAAAUCCCCGCCGAGCAACACAGCAGAACGAUGAUUCUUCAACUUAAUUCUGCACUUACUCCUCGUAGGUGCAAGAUGAGGACUUACCUGUAAUCACCUGUCCACGUGGCAAGAGUCGGGGGCUGCCCUGAUCUACGCACCCCCUGCUCUCUCUCUCUCUCUCUCUCUCUCUCUCUCUCUCUCUCUCUCUCUCUCUCUCUCUCUCUCUCUCUCUCUCUCUCUCUCUCUCUCUCUCUCUCUCUCUCUCACCUAAUCAUAAUCUAACCGCAGUUUUUUAGCGCAACUCCUUUCACUCUCUUUAUCCUCUCCAUCUCUCUCUUUCCCUCUAUCCUCCGUCGACCCUCUAUAUAUCACUCACUUUCCCUUUCCGUCCCUUCCCGUCCCUUCCUUACAGUCACUCCCUUCCCAUCCCUUCCAUUCCCCUCCCGUCCCGUCUAUUCUCCUCUACUCUCCUGCAUAUCAUUUCUCCUUCCACCUUUUCAUCUGUACCUACCCAGUCACUCUAUCAUCUCUCUUCUGCCUGUCGCUCGUCUCUGUACAACUGCGCCUGAAACAUCUCCGUCAGUCCGUCAGUCCGUCAGUCACAAGAUGGAGGCAAACGCAGGGGUGGAUAUGGAAGACUACUGGAAUGAAGUGCUUACCUAUCGCCGUCGCUCUUCUAACUCCACGUGUCAGUCGGAGGAAGAAGGUCGAAGUCAUGACGAAGAGGUGGAGUCUGAUGAGAACUUCCUGGAGGGCUUGGGCAUCCCCGUCAAGGAGGACUCGGAACUCUCAGAGGACAACGUGACCCUCAGCAAGUUCCUGGGCACCUUGAACCCUCGUCAGGAGGAGGCCCUGAAGCGGCGUGUGCGGACUGUCAACGCCACCAUCAGGAGAAAGAAGCAGCGUCAGAAGCCAGACAUCAGGAGCUUCUUCUCCAAUGCUGACAACUCCAGCACAGGCACACGAAGCCGCAGCGCCACUCCUGACUCUCUGGACUCCGUGUCGCCGCCCAGGACCCCACCAGACCCACACCCGAAGUCGUGGGUGGACCCCUACCUCAGUCGCUCCAGGGGCUCCCUCGACUCCGGCAACCACUCCCUCGUCACCUCCCCCUCCAUUCCCGGUCCCACCACCUUCCUACCGGAGACCCACCGACACCCCCAUACCCACGUCCCCAGGCCCCAUGUUGUCGCCGGCAGGAGGCACACGCCCCCCAGUGAUACACCCUCCAGGACCCAGUGGAUUGACGACCCCACCCCCCACCUGUACCGCGCUCCCUCCCUCGACACACUGCCCAAGGUCGCCCCGGGGAUCGCCAAGGGCAAGGAGCUGCGCCGCCAGAGGUCUUACGCCAGGGACCUCGCCAGGGACGUCAAGAAUUUCCACUCGUCAAAGCAAGGCGCUUAUGAAUUCUUCCCUAAGUCCUCAGGAGAUGACCACGAGGUGCAGGUGCUCAACUACCGGUACUUCGGCUCCGUGUACAUCCCCCACGCCCGCUGCAAGGAGAAGGAGAAGCGCCCGCCCCUCGAGCCCCGCCAGCGCCAGGAUGCUGAGGCCGUCACGGACUCCAGGCGGGCCUCUAGCGGCGACAUACGGAAGUCCCUCUCAGUGUACCAUCCACGGGAGGCGCUGAGGGAGGAGAGGGAGAACCGGCCGCUGCGGGAGGACAGGGAGAACAGGCAGCGUUCCACCUCCUCCACCGACCUUGGAUUUAGAGUCGGGAAGCAGGACCCGGAGGAAGAGUUUCCGGAUCUGGUGCUGGAGCCGGGGCGGUGCGGCCAGACGCGUGUGGACUGGCUGGAUGAGGCGGACUUGCAGAGACUCAACUCCCUGGCACUGCUGGAGCUGGACAUCCUCUUCACCGAGCACCACAUUCACCACCGCUGGAGGAAGGUCAAGAAGAGGAAGCACUCCAAGGAAGAAAACGGGGUGUUCGCGGCGGCUCUGGAGAGUUUGCUGCAGCGGGAUAGGACCUUCCUACCGGAGUCCCCCCUCGAGUCCAGCGUGCCGCUCGUUUUCUUUAAGAUGGCGUGGCAGCUGGAGAGACACGGGCUGCACCAGGAAGGCAUCAUGCGGGUGCCGGGACACAGGUCACAGACGGAGCAGCUACGUCGUACUCUGGACUCACACUUCUACAGUGAUCCUGCCACUGCCGAUUCAGCCCUCAGGAAUGCCACACCCAAUGACAUCGCUGCCCUCAUCAAGACCUUCCUGAGAGAGCUGCCAGAGCCUCUCCUCACUCAUGCCUACACACCUGCCUUCUACAAGUGCCACCGCAUCCCAGACAUCGGUGAGCGUGUCCUGGCCCUCACAAUGUUGAUAUUGCUGCUGCCCACACCCCACCGAGACACCCUGCACGCCCUCCUGGACCUGUGUGCGCGUGUGGUCACUUACCAGGCCACCAACAAGAUGUCCCUUUACAACGUGGCAAUGAUUGUGGCACCCAACAUCUUCCUGCCCCCCAGCCCUCGCCACAAGCUCAACUUGCGCUCUGAGGACAAGGAACAGCAGCUUAACCAUGAGAUGACGUAUGCAAGUGUCACCACACAGCUGACUCAGAUGCUCAUCAAGUACCGUGACGUGCUGUGGACGGUGCCGCAGAGACUAGUGGCUCAAGUGCGUCGCCAGUAUCAAGCCGAGGCCCUCAAGCUCCUCAACACUACACCUAUGCGUCGGCUGCUGUCCCGCAAGAGUAAGGAGACCAUCCAGCGGCCGAUAGAGAAUGAGGUGGACUACCAGGAGGGAAUCUUGAGGGUGUCUGCGCCCCAGUUCAACAAGAUCAACUACCCAGUGAAGCUGAACUCUCGCAUGACAGCUGGUGACCUCCUGACCAAGUUUAUUGAGGAGCUCACAUUGCUGCCAGAGAAUCCUCGUCGUGUGGAAGGGCGGAGGGAGCAGCAGUACAAGCGGUCCGGUGUGAGUGGAGUCAGUGGUUCCCCUCCGCCUGGCAACACUCUGCCUCCCCGCCACCUCCCACCCUCCACUCCCUCCUCCCAGUACCUUGCCUGUCUCCUCAGUGGCUCGCUCAAGAAUGCCCUCCAGCAACACGCCCUACAUGAGCAAGGGGGAAAUAUCGGUAACCGCCGCCUGGACCCCAAUGCCAAGCUACUCGCUGUCUACCAGGACAACCCCAAUGCAGAAUUCACAGUCAAGUGCCACCACCUAGGAGGGCAGAGCUCAAGGAGGAAUUCAUAGAGACAGAGACCUUACAUUGUGUCUUCCUCUCCUUCAGGGUCCUGCUUUAAGGUCACACAUGCCAGGAGGGUCUUGUCUUUCGGGGAGGUAGGAGAUGCAAGUGCUCAGAUUGUUCUUUUGAGAACUAGUGCAGGAAGUCGUGUAGUUGUAGUAGUACCUAGUAGCAGUAGUACUAGUAGUGAGUGCCUGUGUGUGUUUAGCUGGAGUGCUUCCAGAGGCUGUACAGGAAGUUACACAACCACUAACACGUAGAGGAAGGAAGCUAAGGACAUGCUAGUCGUCUGUGGUGAAAUGUGCCUGAAGAAUAAGAAAAAAGUGUCUUCACCACUAUGGGACUCCCACUGAAAGAAAAAGGUGAAUGUUAUGUCCAGGAAUAAGAUGUCUAUUUCCCCUACAAUUGGAAAAAUGAAAUUGUGUUAUAGGUUUAGAUGGAAAACAUCAGAUUACAUAAUGAAGUUUGUGUCUGAAAGGUCUUGUCUGUAAUGAAUGGAGGAGCAAAGGAACAGAGGGAUAAUUAGGAAGAGGUCUGGAAAGAUACAGAAGAGAGCUGGAAAAGAAGAAAAAAAGAGGAGAAUAAGAAGGAAGUGCAUAGAUUACAAUUGAAGUUUAUGUCUUAAAUGCUCUUGUCUAUUAUGAAUGAGAAAGCAAGAGAAUAGAGGGGUAAUUAGGAGGAGGUCUGGAAAGAUACAGAAAAGAGAACAUAAGAAAAUUAGGGAAGCUGCACAAGGCCAUCAGGCAAACAUGUGGCAGUCCCUAUGUAGAAGAGAGCUGGAAAAGGGGAAAAACAAAAAAAGGCAAGGGGAAUAUGAAGAAAAGACUGUAAGUAGCUGGACUGAGACUCACAUAUCCAGCUAAAGAAAAGGUACUGUUUACUCUGCUCUUUAAUUCAAUACCCAGCUUGACCAUAUAUACUCAAUUCCCCAUACUGCCCUGGCCACUGCACUCAGCCCCACAGACUCAAGCCAGGGACACCUAACUCAGUCCCCUUGGUUUGUGCAGGCUGAGGAUGUGGUGAAGAAAUAUGUGUUCUGGGAUGAAAGGAAAGUGUGUGUGUGUGUGUGUGUGUGUGUGUGUGUGUGUGUGUGUGUGUGUGUGUGUGUGUGUGUGUGUGUGUGUGUGUGUGUGUGUGUGUGUGUGUGUGUGUGUGUGUGUGUGUGUGUGUGUGUGUGUAGACUUUGUACCAGUGUGUUGCAGUCACAUUCCAUGCCUUCAAGAUAAAGUACAUAAAUGAAUAGAUAAUAUAUAUAUAUAUAUAUAUAUAUAUAUAUAUAUAUAUAUAUAUAUAUAUAUAUAUAUAUAUAUAUAUAUAUAUAUAUAUAUAUAUAUAUAUAUAUAUAUAUAUAUAUAUAUAUAUAUAUAUAUAUAUAUAUAUAUAUAUAUAUAUAUGACAAGGCUAUAUGUUGUAUGCAUUAGUGUGCUAUGUGCAUUGUGUAUGUGGUCUGGUCAGAGGUGUGGCAUGUGUUAAUGUGCCCCAAACACAUGCACAUACACACAUAUGUACACGUACACUGACCCAGCACCCUCGAAAGUGUCGGCAUAUAUAUAUAUAUAUAUAUAUAUAUAUAUAUAUAUAUAUAUAUAUAUAUAUAUAUAUAUAUAUAUAUAUAUAUAUAUAUAUAUAUAUAUAUAUAUAUAUAUAUAUAUGUAUAUAGUAUUAUAUGUAUAGUGUGUUUGUAUGUUUGCUGUUCAUGAUGCUUUCCCAGUGCACAUCCUAUUUUCAUUUUAUUAUUAUUGUUGUUUUCUAAUUAACUUUUCUGUAUGUGACAUGAGACGACGAAGGAAUGAAAGGAAGAAUGAUGAAAAUUUGUAGUUUGUGAGGCCAAAGGGAAAAUUAUUUUGUAUAUUGUAAACAUUUCUUUUUAUUUCUGUGUGUGUGUGUGUGUGUGUGUGUGUGUGUGUGUGUUUCAAGAUGGCUGCCUUGUUUCUUUCUCUGUUAACUGUAUAUCUUGACUUUUUGUGUAUAAAUCAUGAUUCGGGUAUAUUACUUUUAGCUUAUUACUAUUAUUAUUAUUAUUAUUAUUAUUAUUAUUAUUAUUAUUAUUAUUAUUGUUCAUUUGUCUAAUGAUUUUUUUUUUUGUGUGCUUGUUUUGUUUUCUGUAUAUAAAGCAUAACAAAUUACAAAUAAAUUAUACACCAGAUA